GUGGGACAUUUGGCGUCUUGAUCGUCCAGUGGGAUUUCUGCGGAUUUGAAGGAUUAUGCUGUGAUAUUCACAAGGAUUAGCGCAGAAAAAAAGUCCUAGAGGAUUCAUCAUGUCCAGACCCAUUGCGCACAUAAGAAACUUAAUCCCGGGUGGUCGACUCCCGGACAGUCGACCCCCAGAGAACAACCUUCAGGAUGUUACCAUGAAUUUGGAAAAGGUUGAUUAUGUGAUGGAGCAGGAGCAGGACAAGAGAAAAAUGUCAAUCUUCAAUCCCCUUGAUCCCACACCAAAAUUUGAAUUUUAUGCUAAAGACACCUGGACUGGACGUAUAAAAAGUGCGAGACCUUCACUAGAUGUUCUGCGCAAAUCACCUGACCCUGAUGAUCUUCCUCCACCACCGGAGGAUGAUGGACGGCCCAAAGUCAAACUCGUUCGCUUUGGAUGGGUUCUGGGAGUCAUGAUUCGCUGUAUGCUGAAUAUCUGGGGAGUCAUCAUGUUUCUGCGGCUGCCGUGGAUCACGUCUCAAGCUGGAAUCAUUCUGACAUACGUCAUCAUCUUCAUGUCUGUCACCAUCACAACAAUCACAGCGACGUCAGUGUCUGCAAUCUCCACCAAUGGGAAGGUCUACUCUGGUGGUACGUACUUCUUGAUUUCUCGAAGUCUGGGUCCAGAGCUCGGAGCGCCCAUUGGUUUGCUCUUCUCGUUCGCCAAUGCUCUCGCCUGCUCGCUCAACACUGUGGGGUUUGCAGAAACCGUCAGAGACGUUCUCAAAAUGGUGGACGAUGUGAAUGACGUGCGGAUUAUUGGGACGAUUACAGUCUGCAUCCUCCUCCUCAUAACGUUUGCAGGCAUGGCAUGGGAGGCGAAGGCUCAGAUCCUGUUCUUCAUUGCGCUGUUGAUCUCCUUAGCUAAUUAUUUUGUUGGGACGCUCCUUCCUCCCACCCCAGAGAAGCAGGCGGUGGGAUUUUUCGGCUACCGCGCUGAGAUCUUCGUGGAUAAUCUGCUGCCAUCAUUCAGAGGAAAAGACGGCUCUUUCUUCAGGAUGUUUUCCAUCUUCUUUCCAUCUGCCACCGGAAUUCUGUCUGGCGUCAACAUUUGUGGAGAUCUCAAGGAUCCCUCAGGUGGGAUUCCUAAAGGGACCCUGUUGGCCAUUUUCUGGACCACAGUCAGCUAUUUACUCAUUGCAAUUACCGUCGCUGCAAGUGUGGUAAGAGAUGCUUCUGGCAAUCUUAAUGACAGUCUAGCGCUCGAUUCCUCAAUCCAGUGCAGUGGCUUGGGCUGUAAACUGGGCUGGAAUUUUGACCAUUGUGAACAAAACCACACCUGUAGCUUUGGACUGGCAAACUACUUCCAGAUUCUCACCACUGCCUCUGGAACUGGUCAUCUGAUCACCAUCGGGAUCUUUGCAGCUACUUUGUCGUCAGCGUUGGGUUUCUUGGUUUCUGCACCCAAAAUAUUUCAGUGUCUGUGCAAAGAUAACAUUUACCCCUACAUCGGCUUCUUCGGGAAAGGCUACGGGAAAAACCAAGAGCCUCUACGUGGAUAUUUGCUGAUGUUCUUCAUUGCGUUGGCCUUCAUCCUCAUCGGUGACCUGAACACAAUCGCUCCUCUGAUCUCCAACUUCUUCCUCUGCUCUUACGGCCUCAUCAACUUCAGCUGCUUCCACGCCACGAUCACCAAAUCACCUGGUUGGCGUCCACAUUACCACUACUUUUCUCCAUGGACGUCUCUGUUUGCUGCUUUCCUCUCCUUCAUCCUCAUGUUUUUGUUUACGUGGUGGGCUGCUCUGGUCACGUUUGCUAUCGUCCUCUCCCUCUUAGGAUACGUCACCUACAAGAAGCCUAAGAUUAACUGGGGAACGUCCUAUCAGGCCAGUUUCUACAACAUGGCUCUGUCCUUCUCAAUGUCCCUGACUGGUGUUGAAGACCAUGUGAAAAACUUCAGGCCUCAGUGUCUGGUUCUGACUGGCCCUCCAAACGUCCGUCCAGCCCUGGUGGACUUUGUGGGCACUUUCACUAAAAACAUCAGCCUGAUGAUCUGUGGGAACAUUUUCAUGGUGGAGGAGAAGUCCAGGUUUCCACAGCACAGCACUGAUAUGCUGGUGGACUGGCUGAAUCAGAGGAAAGUUCGUGCUUUUUACACGUCCUUCACUGCGGACAGUCUGACAGAGGGAACACACAGUCUCAUGCAGGCUUCAGGUCUUGGGAAACUGAAGCCGAACACUCUUGUUUUGGGAUACAAGACAAACUGGCAGGAAUGUAAACCAGAGAGAUUACAGGACUACUUCAACACCAUCAGCGAUGCGUUUGACUCCAGCUAUGGUAUUGCGGUUCUGAGAAUGAUGGAUGGAUUGGACAUAAGAGAAGAUUUGACUUCAGGUCGAUCAUCUGCAAUUGACAAUCCAGCAUUUGAGGCAGAUGAAAAUACAAAAUCAGAAAAUGAAGAGACCGACCGAAAUUCAGAUAUUUCUGACGAUGGCUCCAACGAUCAGGUCAAAACAGUGUUUCAGACCAAACAGGGCAGGAAGACCAUCGACAUCUACUGGAUCUCUGAUGAUGGAGGUCUGACUCUUCUAGUGCCGUAUUUGCUGACACGAAGAAACCGCUGGAAGAAGAGCAAAAUCAGAGUGUUUGUCUUAGGAGAUCAAGAGACCAUGCAGGAGGACCAUAAAGACAUGAAGAUGCUGUUAAAGAGAUUCCGGCUGGAGAUCGAGGACAUCAUCGUGAUCACAGAUGUGGAUAAACCUCCGCUAGCGAAAAAUUUGCAGAGGUAUGAUGACUCCGUCGCCCCCUUCAGGCUGACUGAGGAACAGAGCAGAGGAGACCUGCAGGAGUUCAGGAGACUCAAUCCGUGGACAGUUUCUGACAAAGACCUGGAGGCUAUUAGACCCAAGAUUGAGAGGACCGUGCGACUAAAUGAAAUCAUCAAGAAGAACUCCAACCACGCUGCUUUGGUUGUAGUUUCUCUCCCAGUGCCGGAUCUCAACUGUCCCAGUUCUCUCUAUAUGGCCUGGAUGGAGGCGCUGAGUUUUGGGAUACACUGUCCUGCCCUGCUCAUCCGAGGAAACCAGGAGAACGUCAUGACCUUCUACUGCCAGUAAAACUCAUCGUCAAACAUUUAUAACUGCACAUAAAUCUGCGCUCACAUAGAGCUAUGAAAAUAUGGUAAACUCUGUGCUAAUCUGGACCUGAAUUCACAAAUCAUUCAUUCAUUCGUGUUCUUUUCGGCUUAGUUCCUUUAUAAAUCAGGGGUCGCCACAGCAGAAUGAACCACCAACUUAACCAGCAUAUGUUUUUCACAGCGGAUGCCCUUCCAGCUGUAACCCAGUACUGGGAAACACCCAUACACACUCAUUCACACACACACACACUACAACCAAUUUAGUUUAUUCAAACACCAGAGCACCCAGAGGAAACACACGCCAACAUGGGGAGAACAUGCAUAUAUAUAUAUAUAUGUGUAUGUGUAUAUAUAUAUAUAUAUAUAUAUAUAUAUAUAUAUAUAUAUAUAUAUAUAUAUAUAUAUGUACAAACACACCAAAUAUACACAGUAUGCACACUUAAAUUGUGGAAACAAACUUUUAUAACUCUUACUGGUGAGAUGAAAUGUUUUGUGAUUACAGGCCCAUUACUGUUAAAAUGAAAUGAGCUGCUUAAUUCCCUCGUGCAAUGAUUGUAUUAAUGCAUAUGUAUAUUUCUUAUGUUUAUUUGCCUGUAUAAUCUAUGAUAAUCUUGCAGAUCAGUUUGCAAUAAACACUUUCAGCCUGACAGAUUGCAAUACAAAUGCGCUAGAGAUACAUUGGGGGUUAAUGCGAUUUCAACAAGACACAGUUGUAUUAGCAUAAAAAUAUGUUUAUUUGUUCAAGCUUUGUAAAAUGACAUUUCAUUAAGCAAAACAUUGUAAUGAAUAAUUCAGCUUUUUUAAACACCAUAUAAAUAUAGAUUAUUGAGAAUUACCGGUUCCAGAUCUGCUUUUCAAUGUGAAAAAUACAAUUUAGCUCAAUGAACAUCUCAAUCUUCAUUGACUGUCUCAUUACACCGAGUUCAAAAUGAAACAAGUUAUAAACGCUGUUCAAUCACAUGGAAAUAAUUAAGCAUUACAACUUGUACAGAAUAAAUUACACAUGAAAUAAA